CAGCAAUGCUGCCGUAACUAAUUGUCCUGCCAGCUCCAAUGUGGCGACAACGCCAAAGCCAACCCGAACUCGUAAACUGACGCCGUCAACCAACUGCGGUUCAUUGCCUACAGCGCUUUGCCUUGCAGGCGCUGUGCGGCGGUACGCGCGCGCUUACCGACAAUGAAAACAGUGACAACGGCAAGCGAACCGCCGGACAUACUCUUAUCGUUGAACUGUGCAAUGCGAGCGCGGCGCUGUGUGUGUGUGCGCGGUGGCGGUGUGUGGGGGCGCUUGUGUAACAUUUUGACUCCUGUGUGCGCCUUCACGCUGUUUUAGUUAGUGUUCAAUUGGAUCGCUAGCAUGCUAGACGUUGCGCUCCGCUUCAAUUGUAAACAAAAUUGUUGAGAAACUCGAUAAAAUCGCGCGAGACUUUGUUAUUGCAGUGUGGCAGUGUGAAAGUGUCUUUAAAUAACAGUAUUUUGUCGGUUGCUAGCAAACAGCUGAUAAUCGUUAAUUUUUCCCGCGCGCAGCGGGUGACAUAUUCACAUUUACACAAACAACAACAAGAAUAGCAGCAUGGCGUCCUUGAGUCAGCAGUGUAACCCGCGCGCCAAUGUCUUUCUAAUGGUCAAUUUGGGCUGUGAAAUGCUCUAUGUGAUUGAUCAACGCCUGAAGGCGCAACAAAUUUGCGAGGAAAAGUCAACUCAAGUUAUUCACGAUGUUACCGUUGUAUUACUCGAGCCAAAGUUCCUUGAUUCCCUGAUUGUCGGCUCGACACAUCACAAUUCGCAAUUACUUACCGUCGAUCAUUGUAAAUAUAUGCUUAAUGAUAUUGCCACCUCAUCAAUCAUGCGUCUCGACAAAAGUUCGAUGGAUAAAUUAUGGAAUCUCAUGACAAUGAUCUACAAAUGGCAACUUUUCAACUCGAAACAUCCACAACAUUUACUCGAUAUAACUUUCAGACACUUGGACGCGAUUUGUCGACUGCGACCCGAUGCGCAACGCACAAUGUUGGUCGAUUUCACCAAGAAUGUGCUGCUCGAUUUCUGGAAUGUGUUGAGCGAUGACGGUCAAUGGGGCGUCUAUCAAACAAACAAAGCGUGGCUACAAUGUUUCAAUACGAAAAUAUCAUUACUCAUACGCCUCGGUUUCCAAAAUCUCGAUGGCACUUUUGUGCGUGCCAUGGAGGCCAGCUAUUAUAAGGAAUUCGUUGAGAGCAUCGGUGAGAAUGUGUAUGUGAAGAGUGUUGAAAUUGCCGAAGCACAGCGUCAAGAGAACAGCAGCAGCACGCGUGCGACGACGAAGCAACACGCCGAUCCGUUGGCGGAGCUUUUCAAUUUGCCGCAAUCGGAUAGCGAAGAUCUACAACCGAUCGAUGCAAAUAAUUUUCAAAAGCAAUUCGAACAGAAUUUGCAACAGUGCAAUAUUUUAUUCUUCGAUUUGGAUGUGAAUGAAGCGACGACAACAAUCAGUAGAGGCGGAGACGACACUAAAGAGGAGCUGUAUGCGGUUGAGAAAGAUGUAGCAACGGAGAAUGACUUCGUUGGCGCUUUUGGUAAUAGUGAGAUAUUACCCGAUUCCUCGACGAUGUUGCCAACGUCAAAGAGACGAGCGCAAGGCGAGUUUGUACAAUUGCCGGCGACGUAUAACCGUAAUGCGGAUGCUGGGCGCGCCGGCGCUUUGGGUCUAAAUCGGGAUUUGCUCGAUUUAUAUAGUCAAAUACUUUAAAUUGGCGAGCAUAAGGAGGGCGCUAUAAAUGGUUUCAGCAUGCGCAUACAUUUGAAUGUAUGUAUACCAUUAGAGUGGGCAAAAAAAAAGUUAAUUUUUUUUCGUUAGAUACCGUGAAAACAUCGUAAGAAAUUAAGAAAAAAAUAAGUAAAAGUUUUGAAUAUCCUUCACAAACACAAAAUAUUCCAUAUAAGAGCUGAAUUUUGAUCGUUGAGUUUGUAUGACAGCUAUAUGCUAUAGUGGUCCGAUCUAAACAAUUUCUGCUGAUAUUGUAAAGUUGGCCUGGAGAAUAAUAACGGGUGGGCCAUCUAACGUUUUAAAUUUGAAUUAUCUAUGUUUCGACAUUGGAAACGUCAAAUACCAUUCGGAAAGUGACAGAUAUUCAGUAAAAAGUCUAAAAUCUACGAAAUGGGGCGCUAUUCACUAUUCUACAGUUCGCAGAUUGGGCAGAAGAUCGUUUGACCGAGGAUGGCCAAUUUUACCGAAAAAUCAUAUUUUCGGACGAGGCUCAUUUCCACCUCGAUGGUUACGUUAACAAGCAGAAUUGUCGCAUUUGGGGAAAUUAGACUUUGAUUGUUCAGUUUGUAUGGCAGCUAUAUGCUAUAGUGGUCCGAUCUAAACAAAUUCCGCAGAGAUUAUGCCGUUUCUUUAGAUAAUAAUCUAUACCAUAUUUCAAUUUGUAUGUAAGGUUUUUUUACGUGGCGGGUCUCAAACCCAGCGCACAACCAUGUGGAGAGAAUGUUUCGCCUUCUCGCUAUAGCUCGCCUUCAAACGGAUGUUUUUUUGGCUAUCCAGAGGUUACUUGGUCUAAGACCGAAAGUUGUGAGCUGUUUGAGCCAUAUGUAAAAGAAUCGUUUCUAGCGACUCCCAAAUGAAUGACGCUCAGAGAACUUUUCUCACUUGCAAGGACUUCUGCACAUGGCUCCACCCUGAUUUUGUCAUUAGGGAUGACACUAUUACGGUAUCUGAG